AUGCCAGCAGUUGUGGAUGAUUCAAACGAUGAUGGAACAGUCGCCCAGAAACUGGAACUAGAGCAAAUGAGGAGUACAUUGGAAGAAGCGAUUGUGAAAAGGCGCAGUACGCCUCUCGAAAAUCAACCGCGACUUCCCCGCAUAGCCCAAAGCAAGCGGAAUCGGGCUAUCUUGAGGGAUCUGAACCCAAUACUGGUGACCUAUUUGGAAGCAAGCCGGGACCUUUGCGAGACGGACUUAAUUAUUUUUGGCGCCGCACUGGCGGUCUGCCGUAUUAUAGGCGCCAAACUUUCCACGGCUGGACGCGCUACUGGACAAAGUAGUGCUAUCCAAGCCUGCAGAAUAAGAAUUGAAGAACGUAUCACAAAGGCUAGGGCCCUCAUAGGCAGACUGAUAUGCUUCAGGUCAGGCAAUAGCAGGCCAAGGAUUGUGCGCACCGUCAGGAUGGCGUUUGCUGGGACAAAUGUUAGUUUGUCCCGGCCGGAUAUAAUGCAAAAACUGACGGAGCUCAUAGACGACCUGAAGCAGAGAAUCGCUGCUUGGGGAAAGCGGAUUCGGAGGUAUACCGAGAGGUCGACACGGUUCCACCAGAAUUGUCUCUUCCAGAGUGAUCAGAAGAGGCUGUAUAAAUCAUUGGAACAACCAGUGGUAAGUGGAACGGGCACAGCACAGAAUCAGACCGACACUAUCGCAUUCUGGCGCAGCCUGUGGUCAGAGCCAGAAUGUAAACCACAGCGAGGGCCCUUGGACGGAAGUUGUGGCGCAUCAGUGUGCCGGUAUUACGCCCAUGGACCCCGUCAUCAUAGCGCCGGAUGA